AACCAGAAAGAAGAAGAGACCGAGCGAAGACGACGCCGGCAAGGGCAACCCCGUCAUUCCACCCCCGCCUCCUCUUCUCUCCCCCUCGCCGGCGUCUCCCUCCCUCACUCCGCUUCCAAACCCCCCCUCCCCCCCCCCCCCCCCCGACCUCCUCCUCCUCGCUCUCCCACUCCACUCUGCCGACACAGCAGCCGGCGCGCGAGCGAGGGAGAUGGCGGGCGGGGAGAAGGUGGACUACGUCUUCAAGGUGGUGCUCAUCGGCGACUCGGCCGUCGGCAAGUCCCAGAUCCUCGCGCGCUUCGCCCGCAACGAGUUCAGCAUCGACUCCAAGGCCACCAUCGGCGUCGAGUUCCAGACCCGCACCCUCAUCAUCGACCACAAGUCCGUCAAGGCCCAGAUCUGGGACACCGCCGGCCAGGAGAGGUACAGAGCUGUCACAAGUGCAUACUACAGAGGAGCAUUGGGAGCUCUCCUAGUCUAUGAUAUCACCAAGCGCCAGAGCUUUGACCACAUCCCUCGCUGGCUGGAGGAGCUCCGAGGCCAUGCAGACAAAAACAUAGUCAUAAUGCUGGUUGGCAACAAGAGUGAUCUUGAAGACGAGCGUGCCGUGAGCACCGAGGAUGCCAAGGAGUUCGCCGAGAAGGAGAACCUCUUCUUCCUGGAGACCUCUGCUCUGCAGGCCACGAACGUCGAGAACGCCUUUCAGACCGUCCUGUCAGAGAUAUUCAAAAUCCACAGCAAGAAGAACAUGGCAGCGGACCCAAAGGCGAAUGGCGCCGUCCCGUCGCUUGCAGGGAAGAAGGUCGUCGUCCCAGGCCCAGCACAGGAGAUCCCGAAGAGCAAGUGCUGCAGUUCCAUGUGAUCUUACUCCACUCAGACUCAAAUGUAUUUGUGUGCCUUUUUUUGAGAAUAUUCACGCGAUCUUUCUGGAUGUACAUCCCUGCUCAAAUAGCUCUAGGCUGCAAAGUACUGGACUAUUGGUUGUUUCGGUGAUCAGGUGGACGGGACGAGUGGGUGCCAUAGCUUAGAUUUGUGACAUUUUGUCACUUCUCAACUGGGACAGUGAGAGUAGGGUGCGAGCAGAGGAGCUCUAUUUUUCAUAGGAGUGGGUGGGUUAAUUAUGGUGUUAAUUAUCAAUAGCCGUGUAUGCCGAUUGUUUUACAUUCCUUAAAGCCUUUUAUGUACUGUUACACAUAUUAAUAUCUACUUCCUG